AUGAGUGCAUGGGAACCCAUCAACAAAGUGUCAGCAAUCAUAGGGAGUUAUUCGCAUGUAGCUGCGACAAAUUUGCCUCCUUCAUCAUGCAACUUAACUGGUUGCAUGAAUUUGGGAGGAGCCAGAAUUGAAAGUUGUCCAAGUGGGGUUUUCAGUCUUCAAAUUCAUAACUCCAACACCCCUAGUUUCUUUAAGGUCAUGGAUUCCUCCACUAAUGCUCCCUUUGUUUCUACACAAGCCGAUGGUGCUGCUGCCACCCAAGCAGAUGGUGCUACUGCCACUGCCACCCAAGACGCUGCUGCUGCAACCCAAGCUGAAGCUACUGAUGGUGAGUUGCCCCUAGUUCCACCUAGUGUAGUGAGUAAGACUGGUACUGGUAGUGGUAGGAAAAAGUCUUUAGCUUGGAAUCAUUUUGAAAAAGUAAAGGUAGAUGAGGGUGUCACUAUGGCUGUAUGUAAUUAUUGUAAAAAAUCAUAUCUGGCUGAUAGUAAGAGUUGUGGUACUAGUAAUUUAUUAGCUCAUGUGACAAUCUGUCCUAAGAACCCUAAUAGAGAAGAUAAAGGGCAGAAAACCUUGGCUUUUGAACCCAAAAAUGAUGGAGAUGAAGGGUUCAAACUUGUGUCAACAACUUUUUCUGUUGAGGCUUCUAGAAAGGCACUAGCUGAAAUGAUAAUAAUUGAUGAGUUGCCUUUUAGGUGUGUUGAGGGUUAUGGGUUUAAGAAAUAUGUAACUACGUUACAACCUAAGCUUCGUGUAAAAGAUAUUCCAUCUCGACAAACUGUGGCUAGAGAUGUAAUUGGAAUUUAUAAUAGUGAGAGAGAGAAGCUAAGGAAAUCCUUGAAAGGUUGUAGGGUGUGUCUUACUACGGACACAUGGACUUCUCUACAAAAUUUGAAUUAUAUGUGUCUCACAUGUCACUUUAUUGAUGAUACUUGGAAGUUGCAUAAAAGAAUUUUAAAUUUUUGUCAAGUUGAAGAUCAUAAGGGGGAGACUAUAGGUAGAAAGAUUGAGAUGUCUUUGCGUGAGUGGGGUAUUGAUGGCAUAUUCACUUUGACAGUGGAUAAUGCUAGUUCCAAUUUAACCACAGUUAAAUUUUUACAAAGGGUAACAAAAGAUUGGAAUGGGACAGUUUUAGGAAAUGAGUUAAUGCACAUGAGGUGUUGUGCCCAUAUCCUAAAUCUAAUUGUUGGGGAGGGUUUGAAAGAAAUUGAUGCAUCUGUUGCUAGGGUGCGUGAAGCUGUGAGGUAUGUGAAGUCCUCGCCUAAUAGAAAUCAAACCUUUAGGAAUUUUAUGGAGAGGUUAGGUAUGGAGUCCAAGAGUCUUCUUUGUUUAGAUGUACCUACUAGGUGGAACUCAACUUACCUUAUGUUAGAAACUACUGAAAAAUUCGAGAAAGGCAUUUGUGACUUUCUUGAGGCUUUUUACAAUGCAACAAAGAAGUUUUCUGGCUCUUUGUAUGUGACCUCAAAUGCCUUUUUUGAUGAAAUCUUUGUUAUUCAGGAGAGUAUUUCUCAUUUAGUUAAAUCCCAAAACACCCUCUUGAAAAACAUAGCCACAAACAUGCAAACUAAAUUUGAGAAGUACUGGGGGGAAGGUGAUAAGAUUAAUCCUCUUUUGUAUGUGGCUGUUGUUCUUGAUCCACGAAAAAAAUUGAGGUUUUUGAAGUUCUCUUUUUCUGAAAUUUAUGGGAAUGAAGUGGGGAGUGUGAUGGUUGAUAAGGUGAAAGCUCUUUUGAUGAAAUUGUAUACUUUUUUCUGUUCUGUUAAUUCCCCAAAUGUGGAAAAACCAAGUGGGGGUGAGAGGACACCAAUGGUGGUAGGUGAUGCAAGUGAUCCAUAUAUGAUGGUUCACUCUCGGUAUGAGCUUUUCUUAGAAGCUGAGCAAUCUAUAGGUUGUAGUAAUGAGGUUGACAAGUAUUUAGCUGAAAAUUGUGAUGGUAGAAGGGAUGGGAAUUUUGAGGUGUUGGGGUGGUGGAAGUACAAUUCUAGUAGGUACCCAAUGUUGUCCAAAGUGGCUAAGGAUGUGCUGGCUGUACCAGUUUCGACUGUUGCAUUUGAGUCAGCAUUUAGCACCGGAGGCCGCAUUGUUGAUCCAUUUCGAAGUUCUCUCUCUCCUCUCAUGGUUCAAAACCUUGUAUGUGCACAAAAUUGGCUUCAAGCCACGGUACCAAUUUCUCAUCGCCAAUCAAGGGAUGAGGUUGAGGCAUUGGAGGAGGAAUUUCAUGAUUUAGGUAAUAUGUUUAAAUUCUAG